AUGAGUCCGUUAUCAAUCUUCUUAGUUCUACCUUUUGUUUCGUUGGAAUAUUUUGCCUUAGUAAGCUCUAUUUCGUUCACUUUGCCGCCCGGACAAGAGAAGUGUCUGAGAGAAGAAGUACACAAAGAUGUCUUGGUGACCGGUGAAUAUAAGUUAUCGGACGCUCCACACAUGAAAACGCACUUGACGGUGGGUUUGAAGACCGUAGAAAUUUCUGCAUUGCAUAUGGCCUCUAUCUAUGAGCCUGUGGUGCUUUUAUUUUUAAAUUAUUUCCGCAGGUUAAUUUCGUGCAUUAUGUGCAUGGUAGAUCGAUGCUAAAGGGUUUUCAUGAAUGUACGCUCCCCUUUAAUUUUUGUAGGUGAGUGAUUCAACUGGACAUGUCUUAUACAAGAGAGAAGAUGCAAGCAAGGGGAAAUUUGCUUUUACAACGGACGACUAUGAUAUGUAUAAAGUUUGCCUAGAAAGUGAAGGUACACGAUGAAUGAUACGGCAUUGAAUUUUGCACGAGACAAGGCAAAUGCUAAGGGAGAGAAAAUGUCAUAAGGGAAGGAUAAUUCCUUGCCCUUCUGAUUAAGAGUUACUCUCUUCAAGUGCCUUGAGUCUUAAAUAUUGAUGUUGACUGCUCAUCAUGAGACAAAUGAUUAAACGUUCAUUCAUUCCUAUAACUGCGAUACAAUGAACAAACAGAUUUUUUCCACAGAAAGUAAUAUGCAUGUACAUGUAAAGAGAAAAUUUUGAGAGCAAGAUUUUCAUAUUCCUUGAACUUGAUGAUGCCAUUAAUGUAUUUCAACAGUUGCACUUGUGUCUCUCCAAAGCACUGUUGAGGUUUACAUGUACACAUUAUUUAUAACUUGUUCAAUAAUAACCUUAACUUUGAUCUCAAACCCAGAGCAAUUUGAUUACUUAGUGGCCUGCUCAGGUACAUGUAUUUAGAAAUAUUACAUUAAGUCUCUGUUAAAAGUAUAUGUAGAUAAAAAGUGAUGGCAAUUCACUCAAAAAAAUGGUAAUACACCUUUUUUGUCUCUUUUCUACUAAAUUACAGGGACAGCCGGAGGAGGAAUUGAUCGUGAGGUUUUCUUGAGUGUGAAGCAUGGAGUAGAAGCAAAGAAUUAUGAAGAUGUAAGCUAUUACUACUGUUAAAUGUUUGUAGACUUCCCUUUUGUUUCUAUUUGAUAAUGUUAUUAAUCUCCUCCUUUGAACAAAAUGGUCCUUCUUUCAAAUAAAUGCUCUGGAAGGGUGUUUUGCUUUUACAAAAUCUGAUUUCAAGAUUGAUUCUGACUACUGGAUCCAAAGUUGUGAAAGAAAUCUUCGCAGUAGUUUGAUGUACACGUAAAACAGGUUUUUGAAAACAAGUUGAUGUUUCAUAAUACAAGUUACGGUAUGGUACUUCAUGAAAUAACUGAGGUACUGCUGCACUGAUUGGUUAAAAAAUAACUAUUGUUUAUUGCAUUCGUUAACGCAUAGAAAAAUUGAAGUUUAUGUUUUAAAAGCAUUAGAUGGCACUUUCUCUUGGUUAACUGGCAUUAUAUCCUUCUUUGACUUGAAAAGUUUGUAAAUUGCUUGCUUCUGACCGAUAGGAUUAUAAACUUUUCCCAUGUUCUCCUAACACCCUCAUGAUUUAUUAUGCUAGUAAACUGAUAGAAAGUGCAGCCUAUUGGUUAAGAAUGCAAGGCAAAAGUAAGUACAAUUGAAUUGUGUUCAAAGUUUUAAACCAACAAGAAAUCAGAAUCAUGCUGCAUUCAGUACUAAAACUACCAAAGCUGACUUUAUCUCAUCAGUGGGAAAUGCUUCUUUGGGAUAAAGUAGAUACUGUAAAUCAUUAGCUGACUUCUUGUUUUUCUCAAAAAUAGUUGGCAAAGGCUGAAAAGCUCAAGCCCAUGGAAGUGGAACUCAAGAGGCUGGAAGAUUUAGGUGAUGCUAUUGUAAAUGAUUUUGCUUACAUGAGGCAAAGGGAACAAGAGAUGAGAGAUACCAAUGGUAAGGAACUUGAGCUUGCUUUCUAAAGUAUGGACACCUUAAAAGGUGUUUCUUUUAUUUAUAGUCAGUUGUACAGUAUUUUCAGUUUAUGGUUUCUUUUUCUUUGUCUUCAUUGUUUAAGCUUCAGUGGAGAAUAAUGUUGAUCAAUUUAAAUUUAGGCAAAUAUCUCUACUAAUACUACUACUAACAGAUAUACCUGUACAUUUAGUUUUUCUUUGUUAUGGAGUGUCUGUGAAGUUUGUAUUGGAUAAUUUCUAUCUCAGUUUUUUUGUGAUAUAAUGAGCUCCUGUUCAUGCACAAAAACAGACUCGUGUCAAAAGGUAAAUCACAAUGCACUGAACCUUCCUACUGCAGACAUUGAUUGUUCAUUCAUCCCUCUAACUGCUACAAAUUUCCUUAAUCAGUUACGAGAACUUUCUUCUAUGUUAUAGGGAGAAGUUACUUCUUGCUCAGUUCUAAUUAGGUAUUUUUGUUUUUACUUUGCAGAAUCUACUUAUUCCAGAGUGUUAUACUUCAGUAUUUUCUCCAUUUUGUGUCUCUUUGGUCUAGCAACAUGGCAACUUUUCUACUUGCGACGAUUCUUUAUCGCCAAGAAGCUUAUAGAGUAACUUUUUAAAGGAUUUUAACAAUUGAUACCACUUCCAAGUUUACUUCUGUGCAAGAUCCUGAUAUUGUGUGCCAUCUUGAAAAUCCCACUAGUUGUCUGGAAGUGAACAGUUUUUCAGGGGUUGUUUAUUGUUAACCCCUUUUUAUACUUGACUAACUUGAGUAAAAAGUACCGUUUCAAAGUGUGUUAUAUGUUUGAAGAUGUCUACAACUACUACUAUGGAGCCAGUACCAUUUGAACUUAAAUAUUUAUGAUGGUUGCACAUUUUGGUUUUGAUCUGUGUGUGGUUUUGCAAUUAGAAGGAGGUGAAAUAGAUGGCUUAUUUACUCAUUGAUUUGAUGUAAGGCAGUGAUGGCCUACACCAGUGGGCAUUAAGAACAGCAAUAACCUGUCAUUAAUGAUUAACCAUGGUAGUAAAUUUUGAGAAUAAACCAUUUAUAUGUGGCUAAUUGCUUCAAAGAGGGACCAAUCCUCAGAAAACUGCCAUUCCAAAUUUCUUGCGGCUGUUAAUUAACCCCAAACAACCAACUGCACACAAUAAAAAUACUCUCCAGGUGUCUAGAGCAAGUUUAUUCCUCUGUUAGGUAAGCAGAUUUUGUUGGGUGGUGCUUGUGUGUACUAACCAUUAACCCUGUAACCCUUUAACUCCUAAGAUCUGAUUGUUAUCUCCCCCCUUCAGCUUCAACACGUCUAUUUGUAAAUAAGUUAUGAGAAUUGCUGUUAGAUCAAGAUAACUUCUAGCUGACAAGUUUGAGUAUUCUCAUUACCUGUUUGCUGGGUAAUGUUUGGAUUUUUUUAGGGAGAAGUUACAUGUUAUCACUUCUAGGAGUAAGGGGUUAAAUAAGAAAAAGGGUAUUAAUAAUAGUGAUCAGAUAUGAUACAUUUAUUGAUACAAUCUCAUACCUUUUAACAAAGUUCAUUGUACUCAGAUAUGCUCCAGAUCAGUAAAGUGCUAUUGAUUAAAUACUAGGGAGUACCCUGUUAAAUACAAAUUUUCGUUGACUUAAAAAAUAAAAAUAUAGGAUUUUACUUGUUCCACUUUGAUUUUCACAGAGUCUUCAUGAAACAGCAGAACUUAAUUGUCUCUCGCUAAAAACAAUUUGAUCAAAAUGAUCCAUUGUCAUAUGAUUUGACAUUAAUCUUACAUAAUAGUCAUUGAAUAAAUAAAAAAUUUAAGAAAAAAAUGUAAGAACAAAAAGGAAAGAGAUGGACUUGACAGGAGAGAAUAACUCUGAAUUCUGUUUUUGAUAAUUUUUGGGAAGGUUACUGGGGUGGCAGAGUUAACAUGACCCAGUUUUCCCAGCUCGCACAUUGAAUGUGCAUGUAAAGUAAUACUGUUUUUCUGUUGAUUAGAAAAGAAUUCAAAACAAUAUUGGUUGAAGUACUGCCCUGAUUGGGCUUUCCCAUUUGCAGCUUCAUGUGGCAUAUUUCACAUCUGACACUCACUGCUCCCCCACCCCCCCAGUCAUU